AUGAUUCAGGUUAAUUUACUUUUUGAUGAUAUUACAUCAAUAUUAACAAAACAACCUUUUGAGUUCGAUCACAAAAAAAGUAUGCAUAUUAAUAUGUUAAAUAAACUUAGAUUAUUAGAAAAAUGCCAUACAUCGAUUUUGGAUAUUAAAGAACGAAAAAUUAAAGCAGAUAAAGUGUACAAAUAUUUAGGAGCUGAUAAAGAAAUAUCAGAUAGUUUUAUAUAUUACAAAGAGUCAUUGAACCCUCAACCAGUAAAAUCAAUUGAACUAAAAUUUAAAAAAAACAAAGCAAUGAUUGAAUCAAAACAAAAAUUAUUAAAUAUAUUAAACACAACACAUUUAUUUCAGAGAUUGUCACAAAGAAAAAUCGAAGGAGAAAUUGAACAAGCUCGACUUAUGUUUCUAAAAGUUCAUAAUGCGUUAAAUACAUCAUUAAACGUACAAAAUCAAUUACAUUUGCAAAACACCAUAAAUAAUACAAAAAUUAUGGAACUAUUGCUACAAAUUAAAUCAAUUGAAAGUCAAUUAAAAAACCGAGUUUCUGAUUUUAAAUUAAGUGUUAACGAACUAGAUACAAGUAUUAAAGAAGUUUCAAAAGAAAUUCUUUUGGAUUUUAAAAAUAGUGAAAAAGAAUAUACGAAACAAAAUCUAGGUAAGGAUAUGAGCAACCCAGAAUUUAAUUUGUUCAAUAUGUAUAGAUACCUAAAGACAAUGAUCAAUUCUCUUACACAAACAAACGUAUUGAAACCAUUAAACUCAUUUACACAUGGCAAAAGUUUAUUAUACGACGUUAAUUGGCCUGAUUUUCUGAUAACUCAUAAUCAUGCAAAUGAAACAUUUCUUAUCGAUUGGCGACAGAACUGCAAUACAUUGACCUCUAUAAAAACGUUAAUGAACAAUAUACAUUUUAUGGAACAAGAUAUUAUUGCAAAUUUAAAAAAUACGAGUUUCUUUAUUAAUGAUGUUCGAGCAAAACGGGAUGUAAACACACAAGUUCUCAAAACAUUAAACGACGAAUUGUUUGAAUCGAAGAAUAUAAAUAAUCUCUUGAUGAACAGUUAUCAAAAGAGUGAUAAUUUAGGAGUUGGAUAUAUAAAAACUAUUCAUAAUUUAGAAAACACAAUUCACAAGUCUAACAUUCGAUUGUCCGUAACAACUAAAAGGAUCGAAAAGCUAUACGACAAUUUACAGUCCUUAGAUUCGUUAAUCCAGACAACUUAUCAAAACUACACAACUCAACUGAUGAGCGGUCCGUAUCUAGAAGAGUUACGUAAUGAUAAGCAUUCGAGUAAGGUGACGUUCUUGUAUGAAAAGCUAAAAACAAUUCAGAAUAUACAUAACGAAUUACUAACAAAGCGUAAAGAAAUAAUCAUGGAUGAAUUUAAAAGAAAAAAAUCUAUAACUGAAACAAUAGUUAAAAAAAAAUCCAAUGACAUUAUUGCGUCAAAAAAUGUAAUAUCGUCUUAUAAAAAUAACAUAAAAACAUACAAGACAUUUAUGCUACAGUUUGCGGACAUAAAUGUAUCUAUAGAAAAUGCUAUCAAUGUUCAUAAAAAUAUUUAUGGAAGUUUAGAACAGUUAGAAAAUGAAGAAUUAGAACUUACAAGCUCUAUGAAUUUGUAUGAUAAAGAAAUCGAUGAAUUAAAUAAAGAAGCCGAAACUAUAGAAACUAAUUCGAAACGCGAUGAAUUAAAAACAAAGUCGCAAAUAGACAAUAUUAAUGAAAAACUAAAACAAAUAUCCAGCGCUAAUGCAAGAUUAGAAAUGGAACUGAAUAAAAAAAAAAGAUAG